AUGGGUGUUGCAUACCGAGAACCGACGCCCGAAGUCAUUUCCACACCGGGGCGUUGCGCAAACGCCGGCGAUUCAGCGUUCCGGAACUCCCCGGCGCGCGUUUCGGGGAACGCCGCUUUCGGCCAUGACGUCACGGGCCCCCACGCCCCGAUUGGCCAAGCCCCCUCUCGGCGCGCGCGUCUCAUUCCCCCUCCCUCCUUCCCUCCGCGGCGGGAGGCCAUAGAGUCGGCCCAGGCAGCGUCCAGAGCGUCGCAAACACCGCUCCGGAAGCGCGGACCGUCGCGCUCUAUGGUGCUCCGGCAUGAGACACAGCAAGUCAUGCGAGAGUUCCCAAAUGCUACCCACGAAGUGCUCAAUGCCACCCUUCACACCACACUGGCCCUCACCACUAAGCUGGUGCUGCCUACGCCUGCCAAGCCAAUCCUUCCGGUUGAAACUGGGGCCCAAGCUCAACAGGAAGAGCAGUCAAGCGGCAUGACAAUAUUCUUUACCCUUCUUGUGUUAGCUAUCUGCAUCAUAUUGGUGCAUUUAUUGAUAAGAUACAGGCUGCACUUCUUGCCAGAGAGUGUUGCCGUUGUUUCUUUAGGUAUCCUCAUGGGAGCAUUUAUAAAAAUUAUAGAAUCUCAGAAGCUGGCCAACUGGAAGGAAGAAGAAAUGUUUCGUCCUAAUAUGUUUUUUCUUCUUUUACUUCCCCCGAUUAUAUUUGAAUCAGGAUAUUCAUUACACAAGGGGAACUUCUUUCAGAAUAUAGGCUCCAUCACCCUGUUUUCUGUGAUUGGGACAGCAAUUUCAGCUUUCAUUGUUGGAGGAGGAAUAUACUUCCUGGGUCAGGCUGAAGUCAUUUGUAAGCUCAACAUGACUGAUAGCUUUGCCUUCGGUUCCCUGAUAUCUGCUGUUGACCCAGUAGCCACAAUUGCCAUCUUUAAUGCUCUUAAUGUGGAUCCUGUGCUUAACAUGUUGGUCUUUGGGGAAAGUAUUCUCAAUGAUGCAGUCUCGAUUGUCCUGACAAACACUGCAGAAGGUUUGACAAGAGAACAUACAUCAGAUGUAAGCGGAUGGCAAACCUUUCUACAGGCGCUGGGAUAUUUUCUGAAGAUGUUCUUUGGUUCUGCAGCCCUGGGGACUCUGACCGGCCUUAUUUCUGCAUUAGUGUUAAAGCACAUCGAUUUGCGGAAAACUCCCUCCCUGGAGUUUGGAAUGAUGAUCAUCUUUGCUUAUCUUCCAUACGGACUUUCGGAAGGCAUCUCUCUCUCAGGUAUCAUGGCUAUCUUGUUCUCCGGCAUCGUAAUGUCUCACUACACUCACCACAACCUAUCUCCAGUUACGCAGAUCCUGAUGCAGCAGACUUUGAGAACCGUUGCGUUCAUGUGCGAAACGUGCGUUUUUGCUUUUCUGGGCCUGUCGAUUUUUAGCUUUCCUCACAAGUUUGAAAUGUCCUUUGUCAUCUGGUGCAUAGUACUCGUGCUUUUUGGCAGAGCUGUCAAUAUUUUCCCACUCUCCUACCUACUCAAUUUCUUCCGCGAUCACAAGAUCACCCCCAAAAUGAUGUUCAUCAUGUGGUUUAGCGGCUUACGCGGGGCCAUUCCCUAUGCCCUGAGUCUCCAUCUGGGCUUGGAACCAAUAGAAAAGCGGCAGCUGAUUGGGACCACCACCAUCAUCAUCGUGUUGUUCACCAUUUUACUGCUGGGCGGAGGAACCAUGCCCUUAAUCAGGCUGAUCGAUAUUGAAGAGUCUAAAGCCCGUCGGAAGAACAAGAAGGAUAUUAACCUCAGCAAGACGGAAAAAAUGGGAAAUACCAUUGAAUCAGAACACUUAUCAGAACUCACAGAGGAAGAGUAUGAAGCCCACUACAUAAAGCGCCAGGACCUCAAAGGCUUCAUGUGGUUUGAUGCCAAAUACUUGAAUCCUUUCUUUACCAGACGACUUACACAAGAGGACUUGCACCACGGACGGAUACAGAUGAAAACCCUCACCAACAAAUGGUAUGAAGAGGUGCGACAAGGACCCUCCGGGUCGGAGGACGAUGAGCAAGAGUUACUGUAG